AUAACAUUACCGGUAAAGGUGAAGUCAAUCAUUUUACCCGAUAUUUCGUGUUGACCGCAAAAGGUUAAUGGAUAAAAUAAGCCCACAAUGGAUUUACUAAUUUAGUUGAAAUCGAUGCGUUACUACAGUGCCAUCUGUCGACGGGGCUACGUAGCUUCAUUGGUUCGCCUCAUUAUAAAAAAGAUUUUCAUCGUUUACAUUAGAUUUUGGUCAGUGGGAAGUAACGGUCUGUAGCGACGAAUAAAUAUAAAACAUAAAAUAAAUUCAGCAUUAGUAAUUUACAUUUAGCAUGACCAUAUCGGCAAUUGUUAAUUAUAAUUUCGCUUGAAAGGAAAAGGUUAAAAUUUAGGCAGAAGGCAACGAAGCCGGAGCAGUAAUCUAUUUUUGGAAUACAAGUUUAUAUAGAUAAAUGCUUUCUCAAAAAAAAAAAUACUAUGCUUUCUUUUAGAUAUCAUUUACUUUCUAGAAUAUAUUGCUUUAGUAGAAUAAUAAAUAUCUAUGUUUGCCUAUAGCUUACAGUUAUAUUCUUCAGUUUGCUCUCUUGCGAUCCGAUCGGUUCGAUGAAGAUCUUCAGCACUAAAAAAAUCUCACUGCGUCAACGUCCGCACAAUAUCCAUUAACAAAUAAUAAUUACCAUAUGGACAACACUUACGGUGUUAUUUGAGCACUUAAUAGGUAAAAUAUUGACCGAACGUAUUAAUGGAUUUGCCUAAAAAUUUUUCGCCUGUUGUGAAGAACACACCUACUAUACAGGAUGUCUUAAUUUCAAAAACAUGGAGUUGUGGUGUUCGCAAUCAAGGUCUGGUGCAUUAACACCAUUUAGUAUACGGAAUAAAUGAGGUGCAAACUAUAAACAAAGUUGUAUCGUUUGAGAUAAUGAAAAAAAUGUCCACUAUGGCAGUUUAUUAUACAAAAGAUGCGAUAUGAAUCUACUGACUGACUGAGUGUUGGGACAUCCGGUAUAAUAAACACAGCUUCCACCAUUUAACAAAAAAACGUUACAAGCGAAUAUACCAGAUCAAGCUUAUUUAAGUCUACAUAUCACUAGAAAUUUAUAACGAUAGAGACGUCAAGAGACACGUCAAAAAUCCGAAUUAUAAGAAACAUGGCGAAUUCUUACAGAAUUGAAGCCGAUCCUGCGGUAAUUCACUCCUCCGAUACUCCUAAAAAGACGAAGCCCUACAAUCUAGCUAUUUUAACUGAAGAGCAGCAACAAAAGUUGAUUGCUAGAAAAUUGCAAACAGCAAGGGAGAACCAAAAAUAUUUGUUUCAACAUCCCGAAAUUCGAGCUACGAUCCACGUAAUUACGAAAAAAAUUUUAAUUGACAGACCGUCCCACGACAUCGAGGCGUACGUAAUGAAAUACGUUAGCCAAAACUGGAUGGCAAUAAUGGAAGAAGUUGCUCGCUAUGUCGAAUCGGUGCAAAAGCCCCAGGUUGUUAUCGAAAAAGAAAAAAAGACGGAACCCGAUGCAUUCGUGACAGUUGAAAAAUUUCACCCUGCCAGAAUUUCUAUUGAAGAAGACGAUAAACUAAGUGAAGUCUGCCGGAUAAUUCUGGAAGAUGUCGUGGAUAAAGCGGUGGAUAUGGCUAAACAUCAUUCAGCGGUCGAUGUCCUCGAAACGGAUACUUUAGGGGAAAAUGCUUUUGCAAAAAUAUUUGGCACAGUUUUGGCACAUUCAUUAUCCGAUGACGUAGAGCUAGAUUUAGAUUUCAAUAACUUUCAAGAAGACUAGUUGUUGUUAAUAAACU